GGCCAAAAAAAAUACAGCCAUGCAAAACACAACUUGUUCUAGCAGUAACAACAUUGUUUUCACCAUUCAAUUUCACCAUCAAGUCAUGUCCCUAUCUUAGCCCACCUUUUCCCCCUACCUUUCAAAUAUCCCCUCUUAACAUAUGUUCAUUUCUUUCUUUCAGUAGCACAUCAAGAAUUUUCAAGCAAAAUUAGUAUUCAGAUUUACUGAUUUUGCCAGUUCUUGAAAGUGGGGUUUUCUAAAUUCCAUUUUUUUUCAACUUUGGGAAAUGAAAACAGGAGGAUUAAGAAGCUGGAUACUAGUGGACAGUAAGGGGAAGAGUAGCAUAUUGGAUUUGGAUAAGUAUGCUAUUAUGAAACGAGUUUCAAUACAUGCUAGAGAUCUCCGUCUUCUUGAUCCUCUUCUUUCUUAUCCUUCUGCAAUACUAGGCAGAGAAAAGGCUAUCGUCCUCAAUUUGGAGCAUAUCAAAGCAAUUAUUACUACAGAUGAGGUAUUGCUUCGGGACCCACUGGAUGAUAAUGUUGUUCCUGUUGUUGAAGAACUUCAAAGAAGAUUACCAUUGCCUGCUAUUGGCUUAGGAGAAGGUGAAGAUGAUGACCAACCUGUUGUUAAUGGGUCACGCAAUGAAAUGCAAACUGUUGAACCAACUGAGUUUCCAUUUGAAUUUCGAGCUUUAGAAGUAGCACUAGAAGGAGUAUGCAGUUAUCUUGACACUCAGACACGAGAACUAGAGACGGCUGCUUACCCUGCUUUAGAUGAGCUCACCUCCAAGAUUAGUAGUCGUAACUUGGAUCGAGUGCGCAAAUUGAAGAGUGCAAUGACUAGGUUGACCAGUCGGGUUCAAAAAGUCAGGGAUGAUCUCGAACAACUUCUUGAAGAUGAUGAUGACAUGGCUGACCUUUACCUCUCAAGAAAAUUAGUUGCCGGAGUAUCAUCCCCCCUGAGUGGCCAGGUGGUACCUUGCUGGUCCCCUGAGUCUGCAAAAUUAUUAUCCAAAGCAAGUAGGAUCAGCGGGAUAACUCAUGAGGAGACUGAUGUUGAGGAACUUGAGAUGUUGCUUGAGGCUUACUUUGUGCAAAUUGAAAGCACGAUGAACAAAUUGACAACGUUGCGGGAAUAUAUUGAUGACACCGAGGACUAUAUCAAUAUUCAGCUCGACAAUCAUCGAAAUCAGCUAAUCCAGCUGGAGCUGUUCCUGAGUUCUGGUACGGUUUGUUUGACAGUGUACUCAUUAGUGGCUGCAAUAUUUGGAAUGAAUAUUCCAUAUCCAUGGAACCAUGACCAUGGUCACCUUUUCAAAUGGGUGGUCAUGCUUGCUGGAAUUGCUUCAGCUUCAGUUUUCCUAUCAAUAAUUACAUAUGCUCGGCACAAGGGUCUUGUUGGAUCUUAAUUACUCCUUUAAUCUCUAUAUUAUAAUAUACCCUUACACAUCAACGUGUUCAGAUUUCUAGAUUGCAACUUCGAGGAAGGGACGGAGUCGGGAUUUGAAACAAGAGAUUCAAAAAAUGCAAAAGUGUCACGAGACAGACUUAUGACCUAAGUUUUUUGAACCCUUCUUUGCCACACUGCUAGAAGCUUUUUGUGUAUUGGAGAAAUUCAAUAAUCAAUAUAUAUACACGAUAAAAAUAAAA